CGUAAAUGUUCGCUAAACACGCGCGACUCCGUCGCUGUUAAGACGUACCGGUCACUUUCCUCCUCCAUUUUCGUUAAUCGAAAAGCUUCUUCAUUAAGUAAUCCAAAACGAAUUACAGAGAGGAAAUUUCACCGUUCGUCUCAUUAACGAUCGUGUCUCCUCGAUCUCCUUCGUAUUUGUUUUCAUUAUACAAUCCGAUGGACGAUUCUUACACCAAUUUCCCGACGAGUCACCUUGUUGGCUCAGUACCGGCAGUUGUCACUGAAGAAAAGAACAGCUAUAAACCACAAGCAGCCCUUGCAGCAAAUUCUCCAAUGCUUCCUCCAAAUAAUGGUUCAAAUGCAGGAAGAGGGUAUCAAACUCUUGGAGGUGAAGGAGAUGGGCAGCAAUCAACAAACAAAUGGAAUGGAGUAUUUAGCGUGUCAUCUUAUACAGAAUAUUUUAACGUGGAUACAGACCUUGUCUUGAACAGAUUGAUGAGUUCAUUGAAUCCUACUACUGGAGAUUUCUUCAGCAAGAUUGAUGCUAACCCUGACCUUUAUGGGCUUGUCUGGAUAUCUACUACUUUAGUAUUUGUCCUUUCUUCCAUUGGGAACUGUGCCACAUACUUGAUGCACAAAAGGAGCGAUAAUAAUAGUUCUUGGAACUUUGAUGUCAAUUAUGUGAAUGUGGCAGCCUGCUCAGUAUAUGGUUAUGCAUUGCUAGUGCCGUUGGGGUUUUACUUCUUGCAUCGGUAUAUGGGUAUAAGUGCUAGCCUGAUACGCUUCUGGUGCUUGUGGGGAUAUUCACUUUUUGUUUUAGUUCUGAGCUCUUUUCUGUUGAUCAUCCCCAUCGAGUUCCUUAGGUGGACCAUCACAAUUGCUGCUGCCACAACAUCAGCUAGUUUCGUUGCUUUAAACCUCAGGACAUAUGUACAGUCAGAUGAUCUUAUGAUUAUACUGGUUGCUGCUUUUGCCCUGCAAGCGGCUUUGACAAUCUUUAUCAAGAUGUGGUUCUUCUCUUAAGUUUCGGGUUACUCUAUCAAUUGUAUGCUCAACUCGCAGUUUCAAAAGUGUAGUUCGAGUUUUGUUUUCCUCGACAAAUUUCUUCCCUUUCUGGUGUAUUUGGUGUACCAAUUAAUCAGUGGUUUGCAUAGUUGUGUGAAGCAAAGAGGAGUGGACAGUACAAACAGAGGAAACUUGUAGAGAAGUGUCUUAAUGGUUUCAACAAAUACUACCUUUUGUAAUUUACUGUUGCAUCUGGAGAGCAUGUAUUUUUGGUCUAUAGGUAUAUGAUAACGUUUUUUCAUGAACGAGACUAAUGUAUGAGCAAAUGCUUAUAGUAAAAUUACCUUUUCCCACA